AUGAGUUUGGAGUUUAUACUAGGUGAUGCAGCUUAUUUGGAGGCUCAAAGAUCCUUGCGAGCUUUAAAGAAACACCACAAGGACGCGGAGGAACCACUGCCGUCCCCCAUCUACCUCACCAUCAACGUCAAAAUCAAGCUCGCUAGAGAGAAAGAUUAUCGGCCACGAGUCGUUCCAAUUACCCACAAGUUGGACAAGGUUUCAAACAAGGCGAUUCUGCUCAUUACAAAAGACCCAUCUACCAUUUAUCGUGACUCGUUAUCGGCGCAAAAUGCCCCGACGGAAGACUCAUUCAACGAAAUCAUCUCGCUCAAGAAGCUCAAAUCGAUGUCGAGGUCCACCAAGUCGCUAGUGAAACUCUACAAGGAGAACGAUCUCCUCGUGGCGGACCACAGGAUCCACAAGUUUCUCCCUGAUAUUUUGGGAACGACGUUUUAUCUCAAGAAGAAGAAGAUCCCGUUUAUGAUCCAAAUGGCGAGGCCCCGUGCGGCACAGCAAGCCGAAUUGCGAAAAUCAAAACAGAGCAAGUUGAAAGACGAUCGAUGCGAUUCCAAAUACGUUCAAGCGCAAUUGGAAUCCAUCGUGGGCAACACUUCGUAUCUACCCACGUUGAAUGCCGGCGAUGUCAUCUCGUUGAAAGUGGGGUACACCGACUGGCCAGUAGACAAGGUGGCGACAAAUAUCCAUGAUGUCAUCAGCUACCUCGUCGACGAGAAGUACCGGCCCGUUGGCGGCGUGUUGAACUUGGAGAAUUUGGGCAAUGUGCAUCUUCGAAGUGGCGAUAGUAUAAGUUUGCCUGUGCGGCUCGAGUCGGAUGAGACGGCGGAUGGUGAGGAGGCGAGUGACGAUAGCGACUAUGACUUUUAG